AUGCUUACACGCCGCCUCGCCGGGCCCUCGCGUGCCUCCUUGAUGCGACAGCUGGCCUCUGCCGCUGUCGCGGAGGCACCACCACCAGCACACGCUGCUCGCGAGCAUCGCCAGCUGGCCGAAGCCAGCCGCCUCCGUCCCCUCCCCCCCGACCAGCUCUCCAGCCAGAUGAACGCGCUUGUCAACAGCGCCAAGGAGCGAGGAACUAAUCGAGCACGCGCAGACGUCUACGAGAGUUAUACGUCGCUGUCACCACUGGAGCGCGCGUCACUCUCUCCCGAAAACAUGCGAGCGAUCCUGCGCGCCAUCGUCCCUCGGCACGACGCUGGAUGGCGCGCGGUGCAGCGCUCCUCUCCACGCAAGCGCAAGGCGAUGAACGACACGCUCGCCGACACGUGGGGCCGCAAACUGCGAACCGUGAUUGCCGAGAUGGUCCAGCGCGACAUUGACACCCGCGCCGACUGGCAUUUUAUCCUCCAGACGUUACUCAAGGUCGGCGCGGUCAGCGCCGUCGAGUCGAUUUGGCAGGUGCUGCCGGCCAAGCUGCGAAAGGACCGCGAGUUUGCCGAGCUCCGCUUGGGGACUGUGUCGCGGUGGGCGAAGAAUGCUCGCGACGCCUUCGUCGCCCCUCUACCGGACGAGCUGGACACGGCAUACCGAGCAUUCUGGGACGCGUUUACUGUGUUCCAGGACCCGAGUGUCAAGACUGUUCCCAUCACACACCGGAUCCUGUGUGUGGCGAGCGCCGACCUCGCAGCGCUCAUGCACCGCGUUGGGCAGCGGAGCUUGGAGACCGCACGGAUCGAGGACGCAUUUGAGGCGCUCCACCGCAUCCUCCGCGUGGUGUUGGAGAAGGGGUACGGCGUCGAUAUUGAUGCCAUUCCGAGCUCGGCGGACCGAUUGGCCGAGACACCUGGCCAGUUCCGCGCCAUGCCUCCCGUUGUCCUUAACGCCGUCCUCGACCACCUCAGUGUGUCCGGGAGGAACGCGCACCAGCUGUUCGCGGCGUUUGACGUGCUCACGUCCGAAACACCAGUACCCAACAAACGGGCUUUUGAAGAAGAAGAGGACGAUGACGUGCCGAACCUCGCGAACGCAACGGCCCAGGCCGAGAGCGAUCCCGACCGCACCAACUGGUGGGGCCGCAAGAUGAACAGGGCCGCGUACUUUGAGUCGGCGCCUGCACCUUCUGGGGAACCCACGCCGUCUCAUGCAUCCGAUCCCAUCUCAUCCACUUCACCACCUGACUUCCAGACAAUUCGCUCCGUAUCCGACUACCUCCCGAAGCCGGUGUGGCCUCUGCAAGUCGUCGCCGACGCUUCGAAACCCGCGGCCAAAGAACGCUACGACGCGGACACGGUAGUGCUCCUCCUGAGGGCUGCGCGCAGGGAGGACGAGUGGGGCCUCCUCCAGCGCAUCCUGGAAGUAAGCGUGGCAGACGCCUUGGCAACCGACUCGGCAUGGCUCUCGGUGUACCUGGCCACCCCUCCAGCGGAGAGGAUCAACCUGCCUCGGCCAGGGAGGAUAUCGCCCGAAUGGUUCGCCAGCGCCCUAGCGGAAUACACCCAGGCGUAUGACCGGCAUGCACAGCGCACCGUGUCACUCCUCGAGAAGGUAGUGGCUUGGACGGCACAGAAGAUCGAGGUGGUGACCGCCUCCGAGACACCGCACUGCGAGUUCAAGGUCGUGGAAGGGGGGGAGCACGAGCGCAUUGUCCUCGCCCCACCAGAUGUGUCGCCAAAGGAACUGCGAUUCAUGCGCAACAAGCGCUCCUUCCUUGCCCACACCUACCUCGCACGACUGUACCGCGACCUCGACGAGUUUGCAAAGUACCUCCCUCGCGCGGCAUUCCAGGCCGAGCGCCGGAAGGGGUGGAAGGCAUCGGCGAGGGAACGCAAGGGAGCAACGGAGCUGGAGAGGGAAGAGGAGCCUCCCAACUGGGGUUAG